ACAAAUCAAAAUCCUUUGUGAUUGCUUCUUAUUCCGAGAGGCCGAUUCAGACCAAGAAACCUUAGAAUCGCUGAGUUUCAGCUCCAAGGGUAGAAAAGUCGAUUCUACGGUUUUUAAGACCCAUCUGAUCGGUCCACCUCGGAUCAGAUCCCCGAUUCCGUGUCCUCUGUUGAGCCGGCCACGGCGCCAAUACAAAAGCAUAUUUACAAAUUUACUCCUAUAGGUCCGUCCGUCCGUCCUUCCCGCCUUUCGAAAUCGAGCUCUCAAAACUCUCCCGCUGGUGGUUACCAAAUAGAAAACGAAGGGAAUACGCUCAUUUUUGUGCGAGACGAGCACAGGUUACAUCAAUUCUUUUGCGCUUCGAUUGAUUAAUGGCUCCGAAAGCGGACAACGUUGAAGGUAUUGUGCUUAAUUUCGUCAAUGAGCAAAAUAGACCAUUAAACUCUCAAAAUGCUGCUGAUGCUCUGCAAAAGUAUAACCUCAAAAAAACUGCUAUUCAAAAAGCAUUGGAUUCUUUAUGUGAGAGAAAAAAAAUUUCAUUCAAAGACUAUGGUAAGCAGAAGGUAUACCUUGCUCGGCAAGAUCAAUUUGACAUCCCCAAUGGUGAGGAGCUUGAUCGGAUGAAGAAAGAAAAUGCCAAACUACAACAAGAACUGGAAGAUCAAAGGAAAGCAAUUAGUGAGGUUGAGGGAGAAAUUAAAGCCUUGCAGUUGAAUUUAACGCUGGAAGAGAUACAUGCUAAAAAAGCUAAACUGACAAAUGAGGUUGAGGAGAUGGAGAAAAAACUGAAAAAAUUGCGUGAAGGUGUUACUUUGGUGAGACCAGAAGACCGCAAGGUGAUUGAGAAGGCAUAUUUUGAGAAAAUCAAUCAGUGGAGAAAGAGGAAAAGAAUGUUCAAAGACCUAUGGGAUGCUAUAACUGAGAACUCACCUAAGGAUCUUAAAGAAUUCAAGGAGGAACUUGGCUUAGAAUAUGAUGAAGAUGCUGGGGUGAGCUUGCAAUCAUUUAGUGAUUUGAUGCCAAAUGGUAAGAAGCGCAGUAGGGGCCAAUGAUUUAUUUUUUUCCUAUCAUAUACUCAAUGAUGUGUAUCUAAAGGCUUGCUUGCUUCCACACCUUGUGGAUUAAACAUGCUUUAGAGAGAGUGUCAGUUUGUUAUCCUGAAAGCUAGUUUUUGUAAUCAACUUGUUCAGAAAGGUUUACAUGCCAAAAAUGUAUGAAGUUAAUCCUACAAUAUAACAAACAAUAUGUAGCUCCAUGGGGAAUGGAAGAAGUAUAGCAGCCAUAUGCCCCAUGUAUUUCUUUUAUCAAGUGUAAGAAUUACAGAGUA